AUGAGAAUGAAUUCCAAAGCUCAGAAAAUGGAAUUAAAUGAUGGCCACUCCAUUCCUGUACUGGGCUUUGGCACUUAUGCAACUGAAGAGCAUCUCAAGAAGAAGUCUAUGGAUUCCACCAAAAUAGCUAUAGAUGUUGGAUUCCGCCAUAUUGAUUGUUCUCACUUCUACCAAAAUGAAGAAGAGGUGGGACAGGCUAUUCGAAGCAAGAUUGAAGAUGGCACUGUGAAAAGGGAAGAUAUAUUCUAUACUUCGAAGCUUUGGUCAACUUCUCAUCGUCCAGAGUUGGUCAGACCCAGCUUGGAAAGUUCACUGAGGAAACUUAAUUUGGACUACGUUGACCUCUAUCUCAUUCAUUUCCCAGUGUCUUUGAAGCCAGGGGAUGAUAUUUUACCUCAAGAUGAGCAUGGAAACUUAAUAUUUGACACAGUGGAUCUCUAUGCCACAUGGGAGGCCAUGGAGAAGUGUAAAGAUGCAGGAUUAGCCAAGUCCAUUGGGGUGUCCAACUUUAACCGUAGGCAGUUGGAAAUGAUCCUGAACAAACAAGGGCUCAAGUAUAAGCCGGUGUGCAACCAGGUAGAAUGUCAUCUUUAUCUCAACCAGAGCAAGCUGCUGGAUUACUGCAAGAUGAAUGACAUCAUUCUGGUUGCCUAUGGUGCGCUGGGAACUCAGAGAUAUAAAACUUGUGUUAAUGAGGACACCCCAGUUCUCUUGGAUGAUCCAGUUCUUUGUGCCAUAGCAAGGAAGUACAAGCAGACACCCGCCCUGAUCGCCCUUCGAUACCAGCUGCAGCGUGGGAUUGUGGUCCUAGUCAAGAGCUUCAAUGAGGAGAGAAUCCGAGAGAACAUGCAGGUUUUUGAUUUCCAAUUGGCUUCAGAUCACAUGAAAAUCCUAGAUGGCUUGAACAGAAAUUUUCGGUACUUUCCUGCUGAUAUGUUUAAUGCUCACCCCAGCUUCCCAUUCUUCGAUGAGUAUUAA